AUGGAGUUAAACAAGCGAGAAAUCGUGGAAGUUGGUGGGAUCAAAUCCUGCUUCUUCCCAAAUCUAGCGCUUUAUGCGUCGAAAAAUAGCGAAGCUCUUCUAAACGACCCAAAAAGCACUAAUCUUUUCGCUGCCAAUGUCUUCGGAGCUCUUAAAGACCAACCAAAUGAGAAUGACAUCACGGAAAUGAUCCUUCCGCAAGAUGCGAAUGCUGAUGUCCUCGCUGCUGGAAUGGACGCUUGUCUUCUGCUGGGAAAGCAAUAUCACCAACUCUUCGAAUCCGCCAAUGAACGAUUAUCUGUCCUCGGUCGCACUCACGAUCUUGCUUCAAUCAAGGAUGACGAAAAGAAGCUUACUGUACUCGCUCGAAGAACCAAGCUGAAGAAGACUGAGGGCGCAAAGAUUCUUCAGAUUCUUAUCGAAGCAAUCGCCGAGGAGGAUGUUUUCGAAAAGUUUAUGAAGAUCGCAGAGUUGUGCUCGCAUGAUCUGGAUUUUGAUGCAUACGUCCUAAUCAAAGCUCUCGGCCUUGAAUGUGAAGAAGCUGUCGAGGAAUUCAAAAUUAUUCGCGAAAACGUUCUUGCGGUUCUCAAAGAGUGCAACCCUCUCUUGAGCGAAUUAUUGGUUGAUGGACCGAAGGGAGCUCCGGUCAACGAGUUCACCCAACUUCUGCUAGGAUCACUAAGUGAAGAGUCUCUCGAAAAUCUAGUGACCCGCAUUUCUGAGCAGUUUGAGCAGGAGCAAAAAGACGACAGCGACAAAUCGCUUGUUGCAAGAUAUCAUCUUGGAUUCCAGUUGAAUUUCCUGGUUGUUCGUACGCUCGCUGCUGAUCAAAGAGAACUGGCGAAAAAGAUUCAGUCGAAGAUCCCUGCAGAUAUUAGAUCUGAGAUCUUCCCAGGAUUGCAGAAGAGUGUCUUCAAGAGCUCAGUUUUUCUUGGUCAUCACAUUGUCCAAGUCUUUUUGGGAUCCAAAAAAUCCUUCCCUGAGUGGCCACAUACCGGACUUUCGCAAGAUUUCGAUUGCAUCUGGAGAAGACGAGCGAUUGCUGAGCUUUUCAAGAAGUACAGUGUUUCCAUUAUCGAAAAUGUGUUCGAUGAGGCUGUUCCAUUGAUCACUGAUGCUGGUGUCAAUAACAGUGAUAUGUUGGAGAAAGUCAUCAACGCUUUGCGUUUCGCUUCAUGGAUCGUCGAGUGUUAUGGUACAGAGACUGAAAGCAAAUCAGUCAAGGAGCUCGCUUUCUUAGACACAUCGUCGAGAAAACUUCUCAUGGAAAGCUUCAAUAAGUUUUCUCAAGGAUCUGAUUCCAAAGACCACAUAAUGCGAAUCGUGAAAUCUUUGGAGCUCGCCGGCUCGAUCGUCACCGCUACGCCGACCGAUUCACAGCCAUCUGUUUCACACAGUACAAAGCCAGAUUUGAGCUACACCAGAGAAACUAUACUGGACGCUCAAUUGACCAAAGCUUUCAACGUCAAGGCCGAUGUACUUCGUGGAUUGAACAAUUCUAACUCAGUCGGAUUGCUUGCAGAAGCUAAGGACUCCACUAGUCUUCUUGAGAUUCCUGUUGACGAGACAGACUCGACACGUGUUUUGAACACCACGAAAGACAUCGGAAACGGCGUUUACGUCAAAGCACAAGAUCCAAUCAAAGAGAAACCAAUGGAUCUUCCUGUCAUCGCGCAUCCGGAAAACCUAGCUCAAGUCGACUCAUCGACUUCGAAUGAGACUGUUUCUCUUCUUUCCACAGACGCGCGCGAAUCGACCGACGGAUGGGAGCAGAGUCCGACCAAAUCUGUUGCUUUGCCAGUGGAUGCUAUUGUCGAAGAAGAAGAGUACCCCACCAUGAGAGAGGAAGAAGAACUUUCCGCAAUCCAAAAUCAACAACAUUCGUCUACUGAGAAGAUCGAAACUCUUAAAUCUCCAGAGAGUCGUGUGAAAACUUCGUGGGGAGCUGGAGAUGUGACCCCAAUUCCUUUGGCUACUCCAACCAACGAAUACAAAGUUAGUGGCUUCGGAGGAGCUACAUUGGCUAAAGGAUUUGGAACGUUCGGUAGCAGUGGCGGAGGAUUCGGCGGUGGUGGUGGAGGUUACGGAGGAGGGCGCGGCGGCGGAUACGGCGAUCGUGGUGGCCGUGGAGGAGGAUAUGGUGACCGUGGAAGUCGUGGUGGUGGCUAUGGAGGUGAUCGUGGCGGACGAGGAGGUGGUUACAGCGGAGAACGUGGAGGUUACGGAUCACAGCGUGGAAGCUACGGCGGACCCCGUGGUGGAUUCCGAGGAGGCGUCUAA